CUCCCCUGGGCGGGAAGCGGAGCUGAGCGGCCGGCCAUGGCUCCGGGGGUGGCCCGGCGGGCCCGGCGCAGGGUGCGGGUGGUGCGGCCGGCGGCGGCGCGGAGCCGCUCGGCGGAGGACUGGUGGUGGGAUCGGCUGGCGCCGAGCGGCUCCGGGUACCACCUGCUGCAGUCGGACAGCAUGCUGCUGGUGCUGCCCGGCCCGGGGCCCGCCCGCCCCCGCGCGCAGAGGCGCGCCGCCCGCCGCGCUCAGCGGCUGCGACCCCCCGGGUCCCGCGUCGCUGAGGCCGAGGCCAGGAUCGCGUCCGCGCCGCAGCAGGAGCCCGACCCGGGCUGGGGCGACCGCAUUCCCUUGGAAAUCCUGCUGCAGAUUUUCGGGCUGCUGGUGGCGGCGGAUGGGCCCGUACCCUUUCUCGGCAGGGCUGCACGCGUGUGCCGCCGCUGGCACGAGGCCGCCUCCCAGCCCGCGCUCUGGCACACCCUGACGCUGUCACCCCCGCUGGCUGGUCGCCCUGCCAAGAGUGGGGCCAAGGCUGAGAAGAAGCUCCUUGCUUCCCUGGAGUGGCUUAUGCCCAAUCGGUUCUCACAGCUCCAGAGGCUGACUCUCAUUCACUGGAAGUCCCAGGUACACCCUGUGUUGAAGCUGGUUAGCGAGUCCUGUCCUCGGCUCACCUUCCUCAAGCUGUCUGAUUGCCACGGUGUGACCCCUGACACUCUGGUCAUGCUGGCCAAAGCCUGCCCGCAGCUCCACAGCCUGGACAUACAGCACUCCAUGGUGGAGUCCUCGGCUGUGGUAAGCUUCUUGGAGGAGGCGGGGCCCCGAAUGCGGAAGCUUUGGCUGACCUACAGCUCCCAGACAACGGCUAUCUUGGGUGCGCUGCUGGGCAGCUGCUGCCCACAGCUCCAGGUCCUGGAGGUGAGCACCGGCCUCAGCCGCAACAGCACUCCCCUCCAGCUGCCUGUCGAGGCCCUGCAGAGAGGCUGCCCCCAGCUGCAGCCUGGGCCUCACUCCCAGGUGCUGCGGUUGCUGAACCUGACGUGGCUGCCCAAGCCUUCCGGCCGAGCGGCGACUCCCAGCCCGGGCUUCCCCAGCCUGGAGGAGCUCUGCCUCGCCAGUUCCACCGGCAGCUGUGUGAGCAACGAGGUCCUGGGCCGCCUGCUGCACGGCUCCCCUCGCCUGCGCCUGUUGGAUCUGCGUGGCUGCGCCCGCGUCACCCCUGCUGGCCUGUGUGAUCUGCCGUGUCGGGGUCAGCGCUCCCUGGGUGGCGGCGGGGCGGGGGGCUGUGGGCGUUCUUGUCCCGUCGUCCGCACCACGUGCCCGCGCCUGUCGCCUCCAGAGCUGGAGCAGCUUCACCUGGGCCUGUAUGGUGUGUCAGACCGGCCGACUCUAGCCAAGGAGGGCAGCCCUCUGCUGACCCAGAAGUGGUGCCACGCUCUGCGGGAGCUGGACCUGAGUGGCCAGGGCUUCAGCGAGAAGGACCUGGAGCAGGCCUUAGCCGCCUUCUCUGGCACAUCCGGGGGCUCACACCUGGCCCUGUGCUCCCUCAACCUCAGGGGCACCCGGGUCACACCAAGCACAGUCAGGUCAGCAGCUCCCCCCGCCCCACCAAUUCCUUGGAGUCAGUACAGCUUGCCCCCGGUCCUGCCUGGCUUGCCAGCUCUGGGGCUCUGAAAAGGCAGCCUAUGCUGGCCGAGCCCCUGCUUGGGGUUGGCCUUAGGGACACCAGGAGUACUGGGUGUGGGCCUUGAUGGCUGUAGGAGGCAGAUCCAGCUGUGGUGCUAGGGCUGAGAGGGCUCCCUAGACUGGCUCAGCCCUGCUGGUGCCUGGGUCUUCUGGGGGCCAGUGGCUUAACCCCCCACGGCCUGCCCUGCCCCCACAGCUCUGUGAUCAGCAGCUGCCCAGGUCUGCUGUACCUCAAUCUGGAGUCCUGCCGCUGCCUCCCCCGGGGCCUGAAGCGGGCCUACAGGGGCCCUGAGGACAUCCAGUGGUGCCUGGAGCAGCUGCUCACCAGCCUCCCUUCC